AAUGAAGGAAAAUGGUGAACAAAUUUCCAUUCCAGCUGAUUUAACUCAUGUUAGAAAUAAAUUAGAUGCUACAAGAACGUCUUUAACGCCAAAAGCCCAUAGAACUUUGGCUGGUAGAAUUAAUACAACUUCGGUUCAAGUACCAGCCGCUCAUCAAUCUUUGCCAUUAAAUGCUCAAAGACGUCUUCUUAUCUACAAAUUAAAGAGGAGAGAAGAAAAUGAUAACGAAAUUACCGAGGCUAUAAAGGAUUGCGUAUGCGAAAGUGGAAUGAAAUCAUCAAGAGUUCAUUCGGCUGCCGAAUGGUUUGACAAACGACCAAAAAUAAUUGAACAGACGAAAGAAAAUGAUUUUCAAAGAAAACAAAUAGAUCAACAAACUCAACCUCAUAUACGUUUUGAGCCCAAAUUGGAGCAAUUCGUUUGA